UCGGACCUAGGUCACAGAGUGAGUAAGGGCCACAGCUGGCUCCCGAGGACCCUGGGAGAAGGGUGGGCAGGGAAGUGAAGCCCCAGAGGAGCCCUCGGAGUGGGGGGGGGGGGGUGCCCGCCCAGGGCGGAUUUCCCUCUCCUGGGCCUGGAAUCCCACAGGCCCCAACCUGCCUCCCCCACCCUCCUGCCUGCCCCUCCACCUGGCAGCAGCCCCACCUGUGUGAUGCCCGAGUCCCCCCACCCCACUCCUUGGAACAGUGAAGGAAGGGGCCAGGGGGGAGGAGCAAGGACAGGAGACACAGACAGACUGGAAGAGGAGGAGGACUGAGAGGGAUUUAGACAUGGAUGUGGGGAGAGACGAAAGGACAGGGAUGGAGGGAGGCAGAGACGAGAGAGAGGCACAAAGAAAGAUGGAAAGAAUUACAGGAGACGUGCAGAGACUGGGAGGGAAAAACAGUGUUGGAUAAAGAGAGAGAAAGGAUCAGAAAGAAAAAUGGCACACACACAUACACACAGAGAAUUAUAGAAAAGUGGGAGAGAUGAAGGCAGAUUCACAGUGACUGGAAAGGAGCAGACAGACAGAUGGGCGCAGGCGUGUGAGGGGACACAGAUGCACAGAGCAGACAGACCUGGGGACGCAACAGUGGCAGGUGGGCAACACAUCCAAGAGCCCGGGCCAGGCUGGGGCGUGCCCCCCGCACCCUGCCCGCCGGGUGCUAAGGCAUGGCUGGGAGGCCAGUCAUCCUGGGCCCGCCCUGGGCCACCCCCUGCCUGCUCACCUUCCUGGUGCCUCCCGCUCCAAGACCUGCUGCAUCAGCCACACUGCUGCCCCCCGAGCCCCAGCCCCAGAGCCUAAGAACCUGGGGCCUGCCCCUCCCUGCUCCAGGCCAUGAUGACUCUGCAAUUAAUCAUGUUUGCUCUGGUGACAGGGCACGUUGCGGGAGAGACCAGAAUCAUCAAGGGCUACGAGUGCCCCCCUCAUUCUCAGCCCUGGCAGGUGGCUCUGUUCCAGAAGACGAGGCUGCUCUGCGGGGCCACGCUCAUCGCCCCCAGAUGGCUCCUGACGGCAGCCCACUGCCGCAAGCCGUGGCGUGUCUCCCACUUCAGCCGAUACGUUGUUCACCUGGGAGCGCACAGCCUCCAGCGGCAGGAUGGCUGUGAGCAGACGCGAACUGCCACCGAGUCCUUCCCCCACCCAGAAUUCAACAACAGCCUCCCCAACAAAGACCACCGCAACGACAUCAUGCUGGUGAAGAUGGUGACCCCGGCCCACCUCACCUGGGCCGUGCGACCCCUCACCGUGUCACCGCACUGUGUCCCCGCUGGUGCCAACUGCCUCAUUUCCGGCUGGGGCACCAUGUCCAGCCCCCAGUUGCACCUGCCCCAUACCUUGCGAUGCGCCAACAUCACCAUCAUCAAGCACAGGGAGUGUGAGGACGCCUACCCUGGCAACAUCACAGACACCAUGGUGUGUGCCAGUGUCCGCAAAGAGGGCAAGGACUCCUGCCAGGGUGACUCUGGGGGCCCUCUGGUCUGUAACGGGUCUCUUCAAGGCAUCAUCUCCUGGGGCCAGGAUCCAUGUGCUGUCUCCAAAAAGCCUGGUGUUUACACAAAGGUCUGCAAAUAUGUGGACUGGAUCCAGAAGACCAUGAAGAACAAUUAG